AUGGCACAGAUUUGGAAUAUUGUUACCAAAUUUGUAGAUAAUAUUAUUUGUUUGGUGAGGGUGCUUAUGUCGUCUAGGACGAUUCCUGCGUAUAGAGCUGUUUUAGCACAUUUGAAAGCCCUGUGUCCAAACCUAGCUCCCAUGAUUGUCCACUGUGAUUUUGAAGUGGCAGAAAUUUCAGCAUGGCGAUUGGAAUUCCCACAGGCCUUUGGUUCAACAGCAAAGGAUGAGGGAUUGGCACCUCUGGCCAAGGAGAAUGAAUUUGUCCUGUCCACAAUUGCAGCUUUGUGUGCAGUUCCAAUGCUGCCUAAAAACCUUAUGUGGGCCGGUGUGCUAGAGAUUUGGAAUGAGGUUGAAACCAAUGGGUAUUGGCACGUUCAAAUGUGGCCAAUAUUUGAACAUUUCGAACGGUAUUGGCUUCCGAGAAGAGAUGAGCUGUGCGUUUUCAAUGCCCCAUCACGCACGAACAAUUGCAGCGAGUCAGACAAUAGAGCCAUUGCUACCAUGCUCCCUCAAAAUAGACCCAAUUGCUGGCAUCUUAUAGGUGGAUUCAAACAACUGGAACACAUCGCAAUGUGUGAUAGAACUGCUCUUCAGAGGCUGCAGCCAGUCACAGGUGGUAGAAAAUGGAAAACAGCGUUCAAUGACAGCACUGUAGAACGAGCUGUACGCAUGUUGCGUGAAAGACAGAUAACUCUUGCUCAGUACCUUCAUAGAGUAUCUCAUGUUGUUAUGGCAGGUGCUAAGCAAGGCCUGGGCAUCCGUGUUAAGGACCAGGAAGAGAAUAAGUUAUUUGUAUUAUAUUUUUCUAUGCUGCUAAUAAUACAUUUGUUAAGCUCUGUCAUAGCUUGUGCAGUAUUGGAAAAUACAAGUUAAAGAAAUGUGUGCAAGGGGGACAAUACUAGGAUUAGGCUGUGGCCUUGACUAUGAUGUCAAAGAAAUUAAGCCAAUUUAUUUUGGAUAUAUUAUUUUUCUUUGCACAUUUCAUUCAAUGUAAGACGCAGCAACUCCUCUAAAAACUUUGUCAAAUCUGGUGUUUGCACCUUGCUUUCCUGAUGGCUGAGGAGUGGGAGGUGCUUCCAUCCACUCUGGGCUUUCCACUCACUCAGUAAAGGAAAGUUAAGGUGCCAACAUUAGUUUUGGCACUGUCUUCAGUGGAACUGGAGUGGUUUGCAUUGAAUACAUUGUGGCAUUUUCUUUGAGAAACAUAUCAAUGCCACAUUCAAUUUUCUACAAUGGAUCCAUUUUUAAUGUUAUUGUUUUAUUCGUGUAAUUGAUCUGGUUAUUAACGUACUGCAUCUGUAGUUGAUUU